UCUCUGUGCAGAAAUUACAAAACUUGCCUUCUUCUCUGUGCAGAAACUCCCUAUUUUUUUGUCACACACAUAAGUGAGAAAUUAAGAGAUAUGGCUUAUGCUGCUAUUACUUCCCUUAUGAGAACCAUGCGCCAAUCAAUGGAACUUAUUGGAUGUGAUUUACAACCGUUUUACAUAAAGCUCGAAUCCUUGAGAGCUAUUCUGGAGAAAUCCUGCAAUAUAACGGGCGAUCUUGAGGCAUUAACAAGCUUGGAAGCUGAAAUCGUAGAGGUAGUAUACACAACAGAAGAUACUGUUGACUCAGAAUCAAGAAAUGUUUUCUUAGCACAAAAUUUAGAGGAAAGAAGCAGGGCUAUGUGGGAGCUCUUUUUCCUCUUGGAACAAGCACUAGAAUGCAUUGAUUCCACCAUGGAACAGUGGAUGGCAAUAUCGGACAGCAUGAAAGAUCUAAAACCACAAACUUACUCUCUAGACAGCUUACCUGAGCAUGCUGUAGAGCCCGCCGAGAAUAUAAUGGUUGGCCAUGAAACUGAAUUCGAGAUGAUGCAGGAUCAACUUGUUAGAGGGGAAAGGGAACUGGAAGUUGUCUCAAUCGUAGGGAUGGGAGGCAUUGGGAAGACGACUUUGGCUACAAAACUUUACAGUGAUCGAUGCAUUAUGUCUCGAUUUGAUAUUCGUGCAAAAGUAACUGUUUCACAAGAGUAUUGUGCGAGAAAUGUACUCCUAGGCCUUCUUUCUUCGACAAGUGAUGAACCUGAUGAUCAACUAGCAGACCGACUGCAAAAGCUUCUAAAAGGCAAGAGAUAUUUGGUAGUCAUAGAUGACAUAUGGACUACAGAAGCUUGGGAUGAUAUAAAACUAUGUUUCCCAGACUGUAAUAAUGGAAGCCGAAUACUCCUGACUACGCGGAAUGUGGAAGUGGCUGAAUAUUCAAGUUCAGGUAAGCCUCCUUAUCACAUGCGCCUCAUGAAUUUUGACGAAAGUUGGAAUUUAUUUCACAAAAAGAUCUUUGAGAAAGAAUGUUUUUCUCCUGAAUUUGAAAAAAUUGGGAAACAAAUUGCAUUCAAAUGUGGAGGAUUACCUCUAGCAAUUACUGUGAUUGCUGGACUUCUCUCCAGAAUGGGCAAAACAUUGGAUGAGUGGCAAAGAAUUGCGAAGAACGUAAAUUUAGUCGUAAGCACGGAUCUUGAAGCCCAAUGCAUGAGAGUGUUGGCUUUGAGUUACCAUCACUUGCCUUCUCACCUAAAACCGUGCUUUCUGUAUUUUGCGAUUUUCCCCGAGGAUGAAUGGAUUUAUGUAAAUAAACUUGUGGAGUUAUGGGCUGUAGAGGGAUUUUUGAAUGAAGAAGAGGGUAAAACCAUAGAAGAUGUGGCAAAAACAUGUAUUAAUGAACUCAUAGAUAGAAGUUUAAUUUUCAUCCGAGAUUUGAGUUUUUGUGGAACAAUAGAGAUUUGUGGAAUGCAUGAUGUGAUCCGUGAACUCUGUUUGAGGGAAGCUCGAAACAUGAAUUUUGUGAAUGUUAUCGGAGAAAACAGUGAUCAAAAUUCAUGUGCACAAUCCAUGCAAUGUUCCUUUAAGAGUCGAAGUCGGAUCAGUAUCCAUAAUGAGGAAGAAUUGGCUUGGUGUCGUAAUAGUGAGGCUCAUUCUAUUAUCACGUUGAGUAGAUUCAAAUGCGUCACACUGGAAUUGUCUUUCAAGCUAGUAAGAGUACUAGAUCUUUCUACGACUGAAUGUCCAAUUUUUCCCAGUGGAAUACUUUCUUUAAUUCACUUGAGAUACCUAGCUUUGUGUUUCUAUCCUCGCUUACAGCAGUAUCCAGGAUCCAAAGAAGCGGUUCCCUCGUCAAUAAUAGACAUUCCUCUAACGAUAUUAAGCCUAUGUUAUCUGCAAACUCUUAAACUUUACCAUCCAGUUUUAGGUCUUUUGAAAUGUCCUUUCACAUUACCAUCGGAAAUUAUGACUAUGCCGCAACUGAGGAACCUACAUUUGGCCUGGAAUAUCUUGCGGAAUCAUGAGCUUACGGAGAAAAGUUUGGUUUUGAAAAAUUUGCAAUGCCUCUGUGGAUUGAAUCCUCGUUAUUGUACUGGAUCUUUCUUAAGACUAUUUCCCAAUUUAAAGAAGUUGCAAAUAUUUGGCUCCCCAAGAGACUUCCUUAAGUGCAAGAACCUGUAUGAUUUUCGCUACUUAUAUGAGCUCGAGAAAUUGGAAUUUGGUAUUAUUCGUCGGACUAAUUGGAGGAAAAUGUUUUACAACGCUAUAGAUUUCGGGGAAACUGAUGUUUCAAUGCUCUUACCUCCUCCAGAUGCUUUUCCACAAAACCUUAAGAAUUUAGCUGUUAAUGGAAAUUUUUUGGCAUGGAAGGAAUUGAGCAUUUUUGGUAAAUUACCCGAACUCGAGGUCCUUAAACUAUCACAUUUAGCCUUCACAGGCGAGGAGUGGGAAGUAGUUGAGGAAGGAUUUCCUCGCUUGAAGUUCUUGUUCCUGGAUGAUGUGACCAUUCGGUACUGGAGAGCUAGUAGUGAUCACUUUCCGUACCUUGAGCGACUUUUUCUAAGAAAUUGCUAUUGUUUGGAUUCAAUCCCUCAAGAUUUUGCAGAUAUAACAACACUUGCUCUUAUUGAUAUACGUAGAUGUAAACAAUCUGUUGGAAAUUCCGCCAAGCAAAUUCAACAGCACAUUCAAGACAACUAUGGAAGCUCUAUCGAAGUCCAUACUCAUAAUCUUUUUUAAUUGAAAGGGCUAACAUAUGUAACAGUAGUCAAUCUUUUUGUACAUAUAAUUUAGUUAAUUGCACACAAUUGAAGGGGCUAACAUACGUAACAAUAGUCUUUUAAUACAUAUAAUUUAGUUGAUUA